UUUUCAGAUAUUUCUUUGACCUUUACCUCUUAGCUAAUUCGCUGUCGACGAAAACCCGGCACCGACAAAAGUCACCCCCGUAAAGCCGAUAUUUCGGUUUCGCGGGGUGAGCAAGACGAGAAAAUGGAAGGAGUGGGGUCUCGACUGGGCCGUGCCUCGUCUCGUUACGGGCCAUCGGCUACGGCCACUGUCUUUAACGGCCCGGUGAGGAAGUGGAAGAAGAAGUGGGUUCAUGUGUCUCCUCCAUCUUCUACCGUCAGCCACCACAACUCCAACUCCCACUCCCAGUCCAAUGGCCACGCCAACAACACCACCAACUCUCGUCUCCUUCUUUGUCGGUGGACCCCUCUCUCCCCCGCCGAUGCCACCUCCGAGGAGCCUCCCAAACGCAAGUUCCGUUAUACUCCAAUUGUGGUACUAGAAGAAGAACAGAGAAAGGCAGCUAAACAGGUUGAUCAUGAAGCUAAGACAGAUGGAACUAACCAAUUCACAGCAUUGCAUCCUUCCAAGAAUGAUGAACUAAAUAAUGACACUGCUUUGAAGACAGAAACCCAGGAUUCCAACGUGAGUAAUUUGGAUUUGGAUUUGUGCUUGAAAGGCCAUAAUGGGGAUCCUGAUUCUGUUGGCCGGACAAAAGAGAGUCAAGUGAAGAAAGGAGGUCCUGGUGGGCUCUGGACAACUGGUUGACACUAGGCAGCUCCUCAAAGCGGAAGAAGCCAGUUGUUUAUCCAUCAGUACGCAUUCUGGUGGCUAUGGCAAAUGAUAUAGUAGUUUCUAUUGGUAGAAUGAGCAACAUUGCUCCACUGUAAUUAAUUGUAAGCUGUGUCUGCAAUUUUUGAUGAAAGUUUAGGUUAAUUGAUGGCAUUUGUAUAUAAUGGAAAUCCAUCUCUAUAAUCAGUCGUCAACCUGUUUCUCGUAUAUUUGUAUAGGAUCACAAUCCAUUUUCCAUCUUCA